AUGUCCACAAUUCCUGAACUCUACAAUGAAAAGUGCCAUUGUGCUGGAUGUAGUCAGAACGAUCUCGGCUAUAGUUUUGUUGCCAGAAGAACUGCUCAACGUCAUAACAAAAGGGCAAGACUAAAUGCCAUAAGAUGUGAAAGGGACAUGUCUACCCAAAGAAAUAUGAUGGAGGUCAAUGAUGAACCUAUCUUAACCCAUCAACCCGGAGCCCUGGAAGAAUCGUACACUCAGACAAACUCACCUGUUUGGGAAGGAGCUUCAAUGUCUGACACUGAAGACGUUUCCGUUACUAAUGAUGCGAUCAGCAAUGGCGACAAUGAUGACAGUGGAAGCAACAGCAAUGAAAUCAGUGAAGACGAAAGCGAAGAUGAUGUUAUUGAGCUCGACGACAAUGAAUUGAAUAGUGAAGACUCUUUUGCCACCCCCGAUAUGCCCCAGAACCCAGUGCACAAGUUCAUUGCUACUUUUGUGGUGAUGUUUGCUUCCCGCUAUGUGGUUGACAAGGGCGCCAUUGUCUUGAUCGAGUUCAUCAACAAGCUUUUGACAAUUUACGAGCAGGAUUUCCAACUGCCCUUGAGCCUUCCUGGUCUUCAGCGCAUGACAGAUUUCUCAGCCAUGACCAAAGGCAUAAAGAAAUUUGUUGUGUGUCAGGAUUGUCACAAGGUGUAUGAAGAAAGUGCAUCUGUCCCGUCUCAUUGCGAUUUCGUAAAGCUUGGUGCACGCUCAUCUUGCAACUGCCAAUUGACAAAAACAUCAGCAUCGGGUGCUUUGGUGGCCAAGCGUUCAUACUUGUACCAGUCCAUUUUGCAUCGCCUUGGAUACCUUGAUCUAGUACGUGGAACGAUCAUCGAUCCCAUGCAUAAUUUAUUCCUGGGAACGCCUAAAAGAUUGAUGGAUCGUUGGAUCAAAGACGAAGACAUUCAAGAUGGCGAUUUUGCGGCAAUGCAGAAGACUGCAGAAACUAUGAUUGUGCCUGGUGGAUACACCUCUUUGAACUCAAAAAUAGGAAAGCAGUUUUCGUAUAUGAAGGCAGACGAGUGGAAGUCAUGGGUGCUCGUAUACUCGCCAGUUCUGUUGAAAGAUGUUCUUGCAAAAGACAGAUUCGAAAACUGGAUUAACUUUGUUGAUGCAUGCCACCUGUUGAUCAAGCCAAUGAUCACGUUUGAUGAAGUCAACACUGCCCAUCAGUUUCUUCAAACUUUUUGCACCAGAUGUGAUGAGCUGUACAACGCCGAAAUUCUCACCUGUAAUAUGCACCUACACCUCCAUCUUCGAGAUACAAUUCGUGAUUUUGGACCAGUGUACAGUUAUUGGCUAUUCGGGUUCGAGCGGUUUAACGGGUUGUUAAAAAAUUUGAAGACAAACAGGAAGAUCGGGUUUGAAGAAACAUUUAUGAAGAAAUUUAUUGAAGAUGUGCACAAAGACGAUCUUGUCAACAGUUUCCUUCAGAGUACCCGCCAGACAUCUGCAUUUCCUCUCCUUACCAAACUCACUUCUUCCUUUACACCCGCUACCAUUCCAUCCAUCCGUCAACGUACCUUCCACAUACAGUCAUUUGUCGAGGCUUCUGAAGAUCCAAAUGUACUUGUAAAAGGCAACGAACCUCUCCCUCCUUCUGCAUUCCCUCUAUCAUUAAAAUCCGCUACCACAAUGACGUCAGAAUCACCAUACUUUGUUGACAAUAUAAUCACCCUGUUGAAAUACAUCAACAUCCUUGGGCAGGUCUACAAGAGUAAAGGUGAAUCUGGAAGUCGUGGCUCUCUUGUACAAGCAAAGUUCAUUGGAAGUACUGGUGAGCAUAUCAUCGCAUACACGGGUCAAAUACAGUACAUUUUCACCCAUUCUUUCACUCCUCCACCCACCUCUUCAUUCCUUACUCCCUUGCUCCGCACCCAUCGCCACCCAACACAACUUCUUCACAAUUCUCAACAUACUUUUGCAUUUAUCAAAUGGUACACACCCGAAAAUGAUAAAUCGCGAGAGUACGAGCACGUUGAAACCUGCUUUCCAACAUUUUCUCCUGACGAUUUCCAAUGUGUAUUGCCAGUGCAUAGAAUUAUGUUAGAAGUAGCAACUGCUGAGCACACAACACGCAGAAAAGUAAAAAAGAUGCUGGUCAUUCCUUUGCCAAAAAAACAAUACAUUUAA